CAGAUAUGUACAGUCGGUUGCUCUCCUGUUCAUAGUGUGGUAGCAAGAAGGGAAUAUUACACAAGCCUGCGAAAUACACCUGGAGUUACUGUGCUGUGCUAUGUUGAGGUAAAAAAUGUGAUACAUAUAAUACUUUAAAGAACAUCAGCAUGAGUGGAUACAGUGAAACCUCCCAAGGAAAUAUCUCCGUAAGCAGCCAUAACCUCACAUCACCAUCAAUCUGUGCAGAGGUGGACGAUGCAACAAAGGUCGCUGCAAGAAUACAGAGGAAUAUAACUCCUAUCAUCUGUAUUUUAGGUAUCAUUGGAAACACACUAGCAACUAUAGUAUUUUUAAGUAAAUCACAAAGGAAAACUUCAUGUAGCCUAUAUUUGGCAGCCCGUUCAAUAUCGGAUACAGGAUUCCUUACUACAUUAUUUAUUGUGUGUCUAACGGAUUUAGGAAUCAACAUCUUCAACGUAGAUGGAAUAUGUCAGGUUGUCAUCUUUUUAACCUACAUUUGCGGAUUCCUAUCUGUAUGGUUUGUUGUCAUGGUAACUGUAGAGAAUUACAUACGGAUUUGCCACCCAUUCAAAGUAAACCAGCAUUGUACCGUUAAGACAGCGAAAAUCGUCAUAGCUGGAUUUGUGUUUGUGUCGCUUCUCCUUUACAAUUUUCCUUUGUGGACAACGGGGAUACAUGUCGGUCCAGAUGGGAGUAAAAUGUGUGCACGUCAUAGUGUUUACGAUAAAAUCAAUCAAAUCGUCACGUACUCUGAUACAGUCAUCACUCUUAUCGUUCCUAUUCUAAUGAUUAUAUGUCUGAUGAUUGCCAUUACAUGUAGCAUACUAGAAUUUCUUCAUCGCCAAACGAGGCUCAAAGGGAAACGACAAAACAGCAACGAUAGACGACAUUCGUCACCCCAGAGUAAAGUAACACGACUGCUGUUUUCCGUGUCCUUCGUUUUCAUCACUCUCACGUUACCAAGUCACGUUAUUCGAAUUCAAAUGACUUUGAAAUAUUUGUAUUUUAGUUCUGCCUCGAUAAUAUGUCCAACCAUGGCUGAACUAGCAAUUCAGAAAGUAUUCUUGAUUUUGUAUUAUUUAAGUUUUUCUGUAAAUAUUUUAGUGUAUUUAUCAUUUGGUCAAAAAUUUCGUAAAAAUUUCAUCGAGAUUUUCCUUUCCAAUUGUUGUUGUCGAUUUAAGUACGGUCAUCAAGAGUUAGUGACAAUACCUAAUUCGGAUAUGAAGAAAACAAAGUGUACUUUUGUUCAGACAGAUCGCUGCACCGAGGUCUGA